AAACAACAACGCUAGAAAAAUUAUAUUAAUAGAAACAAAAUAGCGUAAGGGAAGUUUUUUACCCCGAGCAUUGCCUCUCAGGCAAAACCUCUGCCCAGGAAGAGGAAGUCCGCCUUAUCCUUGCCUUUAAUCUGCUGAAUGAUGAGCGUGAUUGGUGGAGCCGGUUGGGGACGGUCCACAGCCUGUGAGACUGAGCUCGGGGAGAUAAAACCCUCAGUCUGGUGAGAGGGGAUGAGGAGGAUUAGUGAAGAUUACAGAGCAGUUUAUAACAGAAGAGAAGAAGAAGAAGCGAGCACACACACUCACCCUAACCCCCACAUACACACACCCGGAAAAAACUGGACCCAACUGGACCAGGACAGAUGCAGUGAAUUGGGGCCAACUUGUCUAAGAAGAUUUUAACUGACUGAGCUAGGUGGAGGUGGAGGAGGAAGAGGAGAAAGUGGCGGAGGUGGAGGGUUAAGGUGGACUGAACUAGUGUGAGCUGGUCUGGGAAACAGGGAGUGUUCUGGAUGGACGGUUUCCAGGCAUACGGGGCGGGGAAGGCCGGUGGAGCCUUUGACCCUCUGACCUUCUUCCGACAGCCUCAGACGGUGGUGAGGAUCCUCUGCUGGUUCUUCUCUAUUGUGAUCCUGGGCUGUGUUGCAAAUGAGGGCUACACCAACCGACCAGAGGAGGUGGAGGAGUACUGCAUCUUCAACCGCAACCAGAAUGCCUGCAACUAUGCCAUUUCCAUGGGAACACUCUGCUUCCUUUGCAGCGCUGCUUUCCUAGCACUGGACGUCUAUUUUCCUCAGAUCAGUGGAGUGAAAGACAGGAAGAAGGCCGUCAUGGCCGACAUUGGCGUGUCAGCCUUCUGGUGUCUGGUGUGGUUUGUGGGGUUCUGUUUUCUUGCCAAUCAGUGGCAGGUUUCAAAAGAAGAAGACAAUCCACUGAAAGAGGGAGCAGAUGCAGCCAGAGCCGCCAUUGUCUUCUCUUUCUUCUCCAUCUUCACCUGGGGAGGUCUCACUCUGCUGGCUUUGGAGCGCCUGAAGAGAGUCUCCUAUGAAGAAGAAUACAACAAACUCUUCAUCCCUCCUCUUGCCUGACACACACCCAAACACACACACACACACACACACCUAACUUGACCUGUUUCCUUUAGCUAAUCACAGUCAAGUGUUCCUGUGAUUCCUGUUUACUUUUAGCUCAGUAUGAACUCUAAGUGCCUUCAACCAAAGUGCCUUCUCAUUACCAUGGUGACAAAGUGAUGCUGUUUUUCCCUCCUCAGAUGUUGGAAGUGAUUCAUGGACUUCAUGGUGUUUUUGUUACAGUGUUAUCACAACCUAUGAUGUGAUGUCAUUGUGUGUUGUCUGUGACGAUUCACUGUCAUCCAGGUUAUGGUGUAACCAAAAACCAUUUUAAAAAAAAAGGCAACUGGACUUAUACAGUUUUUUGAGAAGACGUUCUGCCACUCAUUUGAGUAGCUUCUUGAGUUAUAAGGACUGGUGGGAAGUUGAAGUUUAAACUCUUUAACCCAUCAGAAAUUUAAGUGCAAAUAUGCACAGAAGCUUCCUGCUGGUCUUUAAAAUAGAUAGAUGACUUGAUUGUAUUUCAGCACAUUUUAUUUCCAAUACAGCAGACUCACGACAUGCGUGUGUGUUUUUUUGUUUUGUUUUUUUGCUUGUUUGUUUGUUUUUUAUUUGUGAACAGUGUGAUUUUUUCCUGAUUGACUGUGAAGGGGCUCUUCCAUUUAAUGUGCAUGAGGACCGUGACUUCCUGUUUGUCUGCAGGCGCUCCAGUGUCUGCUGGGCGCCCACAGGUUCAAACUGGGAGCCGACUCCGUCACCUACAACCAGGAGUACGUCGACCCCAACCCUCAGGAGCCUGUGGAGACCUUCCCCACAGAGGAGUAAAGCCCUCACUUAAACUCUGUUGCACUCUGGGUAGUUUUGUGUUCUAUGAUCAUAUUCAGCGAACCUCCUUAUGACAACGUGUUCUGGAACUCUAAAGGCACACACUUCCAUUUUAAAACAUUAAAAAAUAUAUGUAACCAGUG